ACGAGUUAUGUCAAGUACCAGCUGCCUCCCCCCACGGGUUGGCAAUGUAAGUGCCAAGAAAAUAAUUUCAAAGCCAGUCAGACUAUGGCCUUUGAAAGCAUUACACAAAAGGACUGGUAUGAAAUCCUGGGUGCUAAGCCAUCGGAUAGUCUGGCAGAACUAAAAAGGAAGUACCAAAAACUUGCUCUAUUAUAUCAUCCAGACAAGCAGAAGGCAGAUGUGCCAGCAGGAGAAGUGGAGGAGCGCGUGCAGAGGUUCAUCGAAGUCGAUCAAGCGUGGAAAAUUCUAGGGAACGAAGAGACAAAAAAAGAGUAUGACCUGCAGCAGCGUGAAGAUAAUCUGACAAAAGAGUGGCCACUACAUGCACAGAUUUCCCUUGAGGAUAUGUCCUGGAAUGAAGAUGAACAAUGUUACACUCUCUCAUGCCGAUGUGGUGGGAAUUACACUGUCUUCAAGAGUGAAACCAAGGACGUAUCUUUGGUUUGUUGUGACACAUGUUCGCUUGUAAUCAAGAUCCUUCAAUGAUUGUUUCCAUCAAGCACAUGAAGAGUUACAAACUUGUAAAAAGACUGGAUAAACAGGGGACAGCAUCUGUUAAAGGAAUGUAUGUUAAAGAAAAGGGGACAGGAAUAAGUUCAAUCAGGCUUAAGGAAGGAAACAUGCACAUUAGCUAACAUAGCUCUGCAGAUAUGAGGCUUGGUUUUUCUUCUGCAGCUAAAGAGCUGGUUAAUAAAAACCUCCAGAACAGAACACUGAGUUCUGUACAAUGGUAAUAUAUCUCAUGAUCUAAAGGACAUUUCUUUCCCGGUAAACAAAGGAGUAGCUUCUUUCAGUCUGUCUGUAUCAAUUCUGCAUUGGGUCCCACCUCUUAGGUUAAGUCUUUUUAACAGCUCAGAUGACAAAAUUUAAUUAGCAGCCAUAGAUGUGAGAAUGCUUUGAACAUAAUGAAAAGUAAGGUGCAUUAAUGGGUACAUUUUUCAUGUUAAAUAUUUAACUUUAGUAUGGAAGUCCUCAGAAGGACUUGAGCCUUGGAAAGAGGUGGCAGAGACUUGCAGGUCAUGCAGGUUGAUUCUCUUAGUAAUAUGUAGCAGGACCAGUGGCUGUGUACAUCUGACAGUGCAUCUGCAUUAGCUUUUCAGCUUGGUGAAGGACCACGUUUUGAACUCUCUCCAUCUUGAACAAAUGCAGUCUUCAUUCCUUAGGUAAAGACUACAGAGGAAGCCAAGCUCUGACCCGUACAAGGCACACAGGCCUCUGGACCCCUCUGGCUUUAGUCAAUGUAACUAAACCCUACAAAACUCCUGUGAGCAGAUCCAGAACUCCACCAUUACUGUUUUCAGUCCUAAUCCUAGGGCAGACCACACUACUUGCUACUGUAGGCAUAGCCUAUGUGCAGCUCUGGGUGCAUUUUGCCUUUUUCAUCCCUUGUUAACAGUCAGUGCUAACAUUGGCUUGCAGCAAAACCCAAAUCUUUCUAACAAAUUCAGGCACUUACUGUAAACAGCCAGAAGAAAUGGUAAGAGGCAGGUUUUGUUGAUGACAGCAGUGUAUCACUCCCACUUUCAAGUUAGAUGUAAUCUCAGAAAGAGACCUCCUUAUGAAAUCACACUUGUGUUUAUUCUAAACAAAAACAGUUCCAUUAAUUUUAGUAGAAAAUACUAGGAAAGCUGGCAGUAGUCACUUAAAUCUUUUAAUCAUCCAGAAAUCUGUGGCCAUUGGGGCUUGCACGUAGAAAUCCAAAGUCAUUCAGAGGCCAUAUCUGUAAAAUAAAACAGAGUUACAAGAGAUUUUAAUCACAACUCAAAAGUUCAGUUCAAUGUUAUAAUCAUUUCAUUAACUAUAAUUUUUUAGCUUUUUGGGUGACGGCAUGUGAACUUCUCUCACCUAUAUGUUUCCUUUACUAGAAGCAACAAAUGCUGUAUAUCAGAAGGAAUCAUCGUUCCAUGGUAGCCUUAGACAAAACUAAUUUAUUCACAGCAGGCUUUACUAGGGCCUCACAAAUUACAAUAUUCUUUUCAGUCUUUGAAAUAAAUACAUUCUUGGAAUGUCUUUUGAAUUCAAAGUUUUCUAGCUUGUAAACCUCUUAACAGCCAGAGUAUGUAUUCUGGUCCAUCUAGGAGAAGAAUACCACAAAGUUUACCUCUGGGUGGGCAUUUGGACUGUAAACACCAGGCCCUGGAAUAAAAUCCCGCAGGCUUGUAGAUAAGCUUAUCCUGUACAAAAAAAGGUAUAAAGGGGUAGAGUGCCUGCCACCAUGAGGGGCUCUCCAACCAGGGGAUUCCUCUGAGAAGGGGACUGCUAUGUGAAAAAGGAGCACAAAUCAUGACCAAGUGUCAGAAAAUUAUGCUCACCAGCAAGAGAAAAACAUUCUCUCAAGAAAUUACCUGUAUAGCUGUUCAUACACCUAAACGCUCCCAGGAGUACUGUGCUCUCAACAUUCACUAAUUACAUGUAGGCUGGUCUUGGAUGCAAAACAAAAGAAAGUAAUAGAGAAUCAAGGACAUUCUUUUAUGCUUUGUCCUUUGUCUCCCUUGACUGUCUGUCUCUUUGCAACACUUAUUUCAAAGAUGGCACAAGGGGAUAGCAGGAAGAAGGGAAAGAGAUGAUGCUGAAGAAUGAAUGCCCUCAGUGACUCUAAUCCCAUAAAAAUCACACAGCCACUGCUAAACAUGAAGUGAUCUAGACAACUCUUUAACUGAGUUCAUGGAACAGCCACAGUACAGAAGGAGCCUCAGAUUUAACUACUGUUUUGACAAUUUAGUUUCAAAUUCAUACAGUAAUCUUAGUGGUAGAGUUAGAACAGAAAUUAUGUUUUAUCUAGUCUGCAUGCAGGAAAGAACGUGAGAAACAGUACUAAUGGUUGGAAAUGAGAUGGAACAAGCCUCUUCUGUGAAACAAAGACAAGCUGCUGUGUGCAGUAAUUUGUAAGUCUUUUAAAGUUACGACAGAAGUUGACUGUGACUUGUUCGUUCAAACUGGCUAGUCCAAUUAGCAGUUUUUUUCCCUUGCCUUCGUUGGUUUGGCCUACAUAGAUUUGAUCUGAUGGAUGCAGGAUGAAUGGGGCUAACUAGCUCUUUUGAAGAUACAUGACAGGUCCAUUUUAGACACGGAGCCUAAGCCAAGGGAACGCACCAGAUCUCCUACCUAGGGCUGGAUAAAGCUCGAAUUCUGUCAAUGUGGGACUCCCUCAGCUUCUACUGAAUUUGCAGUUACUUUGGCUUCAUCAGCCUUUUUCAUGGAACAAGCUUGCCUCUCAGAGUGGCAGGGAGAAAAAGGGGUAAAUAUAGUUAAAUGUCAUUAGUUCUGUAUGGGUUAAACACUGGCACACCAAUGCUGACUGCAAAUCUUAGGUCUGAAUUUCACUGGUAAGCCACACAGAGUAUUACCAUUUAUGUUUUGCCAAGAAUAGGUUGCCUGAACAAGGUUGAUAUAAGCUUACUCUCUUCUGUCGAAAUCCAUGACUUCCAAAUAGAUUUGGGGUUUUGUAUACAUUACUGAAAAUGUAAUUUAUCAUCAAAAGCCACUGUUAUAUAGCUUCUCCUUCAGAAUGCACUUUAAGAUGAAGUCACAUAAGCUUCCAUUCUGAAGGCAGUAAAAGAUUUUACACGAAGGAGAAGCCAAACACCUAGCAGACUACGUUAAAAACACACUUAGGUUUCUUGCCCAGUGGUCCCAUUAGCUGCCACCAUGCAGACUGGCUGUAUUCUGCUGCCUGUCAAUCUAAUGUUCAGCAGCAAGACGUAGAGCAAGAUCACUGUAUUCUAAUGUGAAUUACCAUCAACAGUCCAAAUAAUAAAUACUCAUCUGAAGAACAAACUCAUUUUUGCUUUUGUUAGGCACCAUAUACUUAAAUCUCAUUAAAAUGUUAAUAAUCACUAUUCUGUGCACUGUCGUAAAACAACUGCUAUAAAAUUUGCUUAAUUAUUUUGAUUAAGUAUCAAGUGAUUGUGUACUAUCUUUUUAAACAGACAAUGUUCUAGAGUCCUAAAGCACUUCUUCAGUAUGGAAUAUCUCCGUGUAAGUUCCACUCAUUUUACAGAGUUUGCUGCAUGCUAAAAUUCAGGGUUCAGUCUUGUCAGUCACUUGAUUCAAGUCUCAAAAUUAUGGCUGUCCACAGAUGUAGGUUCUUAAUAAUUUGCUAACAGUCCCCUUAAAGUAGUAACCAGCUGUUUUUCCUAUAUUAAUGUAUAGUCAGAAACUUUUUUUUCAGUUGGAUUAUUAAUGCCACAUCUCAUUAAGAGGGCCAUCAGCAUAUUAGCAUCAUUUGUCUUUUAGAAGUUAGCAAUCCAAGCUAAAACUUGGGUCACACAAACAGCCAUAUUAGAAUCAGUGUUCUUCCUCUGGUGUACAUGAUAAGGCAAACAAUAUAGAGCAGGAACAGAGAGCACUCAGUAAACACUAGGGAAGAACUCAAGGCAACUGCUAUCCAGAAAGAACAGAGAUCAGACAGAAGUUAGUGGUGGGGCUGAGCAGGACAUGUUAUUUGAGGUUUAGUAAACAAUUAGGUUAUUUUGAAAACUUUUAAGUUUUGUUCAUUAAAACUGUAAGUUAAGUCUAUAAAUUUUAUUAAAUUGCAUGUAAUACAGCUGUGCUGAAUUAUGUUUUGUGGCUGUGUUGCAAUACAUGAACAGAAAAUUGUGUUAGUUUCUUCUUUUUGGUAAAUGAGAAAAAUUAAUGGGGUAGAUAGUAUGAACAAAUAAUUUAGUGUGAAGUAAAGCUGUACAACUGUUGAAACGGAGGAGAAACUGGAGGUUUAUACAGUCCAAUAUUAAUUCAAUUAAGCUUUUUUUUUUUUAAAUACAAACAUGGUGAAUAAUUAUGGUGGCAGAGAUUUGACUUUACUGUUAAGGGUCUUUCACAGAUUUAGUUUUAAGUAUCAGCAAAGCUAGUCUACCUGUCUAAAGUUUGUAUGAAGGAUAACCUUACCCUCCAUUUUGUAUUUUGAACUAUGCUUUCCAAAUUCUAGCAAUGAAAUAUGGAGCUGCCCUUUCCUACUAUUUUGCAAAGGCAAGAAUUGAAUUAAGGUUGAAAUGUACAUCUGUGCAGUAGGGUAUAUGGGGGGAGGAGACUAUGGGUGUGUUUUUAUCAGGUUUGGAUGUGCUUGCAGAACAACUCAUUCUAUUUCCAGAGGCACUGACAGCUCAAAGAGUACUACUCAGGAAAACCCCCACUGCCACUGAAUUAUCCUUUACAGCAAGUGGCCACUGUGCUCAAGCUUUCCUUCACAUUUGCUUUGGCCAGUUAGGGAUACCUAACAGGAACUACAAAUGCAACUAUUUUUAGAUAGGAUAAAUAUAUAUACCUUAAAACAAAUGCGUCCUCUUAUCAGUCCGUAAGGAACAGGUCCAUAGCACCUGGAAUCUGUAGAAUUCCUGAGAUUAUCGCCUUCUAACCAAACGUGUCCUUUAGGCACCUAUGAUUAAGCAAGAUUGCAAUGUAAAGAGACAGAUAAUAGAAUAAAACGGUGUUGAGCACAGUUUGCCUUACAAUGUAUUUUCUGAUUUCUGUGUUCUGUAUUUCAUGACUGUCUAAGGAACUAGGGUUUUAUUGAAUCUAGUGCCAGAUCUGGAGGGUGGAGUGCUCCAAAGUAUCUAUCAUGUGCUCAAAAACCAAUGGUUUCCAACAAAAAAUCCAAAAUGAAGAUGUAAGAGGUUAGAGCAAUGUGACAGGGUCAUUAAUUUAAUAGACUUCAAAAGAGGUCAUUAGGAUGUUGACUGAAAAUCUGCCCUCCUGUCGCAGUAACAGCAUGAACAGGGCAGCCACACACUCAUCAACAUCCUGGGGCCAGCACCAAGGCUAGACCUGUUAGUAGAGUCAUGAUGAACUAACUGGUAAUUGAUUGUGACAUCAAUUACGAAUAAUCUCAUCAUUUUAUCGGAGUAGGCUUGUCAAAGUUCUAAUUAAGAUCACAGUUCAUUCUAUGUGCAGGCAGAAUCCACAACACAUUAUAUUGCAGUAAUGAUGACCACAAAACAGCAAAUCCCUUUUCAUAAUUUGAAAAUUAAUGAUGAUGACCUUAUACUACAUGACAAAGACCUUUCAUUGCCUAUAUAUAUAUAUUAACUAUGUAACAUACCAUAGAUUGAUGGCAGUCACUGAUGGACUUAAUGACAAAUGUUGAAACAUGAGAGUAUAAAGCUUUCAUGUAUGAAAAACCUGUAAAGUCUUAAACUAAGAUUUACUCUUGGAAAUCUUUUUUAGUAUGUUUUUCAAUGUGAUUUUCUUUUUAGCGUGUUUUCUUAAACACAGAUCAGAUAUUAAUAACCUCUUACAAGUGACCAAAUAAAAUAGUAAUUAUUUUUCUAAUCUGUGUUUUUUUCUAAAAUUCUAAAUUGGGCUGAAAAUUUAAAAGUAGCAGCAUUUUGCCAAGGUAAGUAAUAUUUAAAAUGGACUUCAGGUUAACAUACAUUUUUCCAAACUCAUGUAAUUGAAACAUUACUAUUCUCAUAAUUCAGAGAAAAAAAUGUGGAAACAAAAAAUCAAACUCAGAAGUUUGAGCAGUAUAAACAGUAAUGGUUUAGAAAUAAGCCACACCCACUCGUAAAUACAAUAAUCUACAUAGACAAAAUUCAAGGAUAAUAGACUAAACAAAAUAAAAUACCACUCCAGUAGUGAAGUCUGGCUGUAAACAAUGAAGAAUAAAACCAGGCUCCCCAGAAAACCAUUUGAGGAGAAUGCAGCUUCAGUGUAAUUGUUUGUACUUGCAGGUAUUUGGCCAGGUAAAGCUUAUGGGAACCUUGUCUUUAAAUGAGCCUUUUAGGCUUUUGCUUAGUGAUGCUCCCACACAUCUGUUACUGGGCUAGGAUCUGAGCACACCACAUCACCCCAGAGUCCCUUUGCUGAGCUGUAGCAAGUGUACAAGCUGCAGAUUAAGACCCAAUAGUUUAUCUCUGACAGUUCCAAAGAGAGGUACUCAUGGUGGAAAGCACAUGCAAGUCUGUCCCUCUUCUCCCAGCCACCCCCUGCAUUUCUCUGGUAUCCAGGAGAGGAGUUCCAGUAUGUCAGAAGGCACACAUCCCUGCCUCAAUAUUUUAGAAUCUCUAUGUAUAGACCAGCACUAUGCCCAAAACCCUAUUGAAACCUGCUGAUACUGUCUCUUUCCACAGGCUCCUGUAUAUAUGAAGGGUGCCUUGUCUGUUUUAAACUGAUCUGUUUGUUCUGUCAAGGUUCUCUGCUUCUUGUUUUCCCAGUCCUUCAGUACAGGAAUUCCACAUUUGGUCACCUUUCUUGUUUUGUAGGCUUAUCAGAUUGCUAAUGUGUGCACAGAAGAGCUUCCUCUGGGAAGGCCAGCUGAUUUCGGGGAGAUGACUUUUGGGCCUCCUCCUACUCAAGCAGCUUUGCAAACAAAAUAACCAGCCAGAAGUGAAUUUAAAAUAAAUAAUUUUUAAAAUAUUUCUAGAAUCAAGUGACCUGUCUAGAAUAUUCAUCUCAUGUGAACAUAGGGUUUUGAUAGGUCUCUGUUAGAGAAUGCGCUGCCAUUCUGUAUUCUUCAGUGUGUGUAUACAGUUGAUUUCAAGUGUCCAGCAGCUACUGUUCCGUUUGUUGGAUAUUCAUCUUAUUUGGAUUGUACCCAGUGCAACAGGUGUGUAUUACAACAUAAAGCAGCAUUCUGACCUUUCUGGUCCAAACUCUCCUGUCCAGCAUCUACCAAAAUUACAAAUCAUGCAUCAAACUACUGUUAUUUUGAAAGACUAUCUCAGCAAAUAUACCAAAAGAAUAAGCAUAAAUUACUAUGAAAGGAAGACUAUUUUUUUCAGUGAAAUAAAAAAGCAAACACAUUAACAUUU